AUGUCUUACUCUCCAGAACAAAUCGCCCGCCUCAAAGAGCUAAUUCAUGAUCAUCUUGAGAAGAACAAGGUUUUCGAUACAGUCAAAAACAUGCUGGAAGAAGAAGCAAUCUCAGAAGCUUUAUCGAACGACAAAAUCCUUGAAGUGUUAGGAAAUCAAGGAGUCCUAGGCGAUGUCUUAACUCAUGUACAGCAGCUUCCCGAAUCUGAAGAUCUCCCAGGCAUCGAUCGGUCUAAAAAGUACCUUCUCUUUAAACUCCAAUAUGGAAAAGCAUUUAUUGAUUUCUUGUCCGCAGACAGUUCGAGAAGCAAUCUGCAAAUCCAUAUUUCCUUUUUACAGCAGCGAUUUUCAUCUAAAAGUAUCCCAUGCUCAGCAGAGCCUAUUUUUGACGAUAGUUUCUUACUCAAUCUGUCACCUCCUGACUAUGGAAACGUCGAUUUUGGAACAUUGCUUAAGCUGAGAGCUCCAAUUCAUAUUGUAGUGAUCAAAGAAACUAAUGGAAGAAAAGAAAUUGUUGCAAGCAAAAAUAUCGAGUGGAGGCUGAUGCUGAGCACUCCUAUGCUCUCGUUUCCUAUUGAAUUGACUGGACUUGGCACAAGAGCAAAAAUGCCAAUUGGCGUUAUUUAUGCACAAAUGGACUUAAUGCCAAGAAUCAAAAGAGGGGAUUUGCUAACAGAUAGAGUAGUGAAUGAGCAGCUUAAUUUAGAAGCUAAAUAUGAAAGAGAAAUCGCGCAUAGCUAUUUUGAGUACUCAAAUGAGUGGUGGAGAGAUUAUAAGCAAAUCAGAUAUAUACAUAAGCGGCUGUUGACGAGCGACCCGUUCUCCUUGUGGAAGGUGUGCUUAUGCAUACCGGACAUUUUUCUUGGUGUAAAGAGCUGCCCAAGGGUUGUGUUAGCCUCGAAGCGAGAGGCUAAGCACUUUUCCACUGAUUAGUGGUCUGUCUUUAGUGACAGUUUUUUGCAUUUUUUUUUCCAGCAGUACCCAGACCCAGGUUGGGAGUCCGAAAAGGUAGGGAGAAUUACCUGCCUGUCUCAAAUCACUUAAAGCGAUUGAGCUUUUAAUUUGAUGAGCCAGAAAAAAAAGAGAAGGCAGGCUAGUUAACCGUAGAAACGCAAGUUCUCAGAAGAUGGGCCUAUAAAGACACAUCUCUAAUCUAAUCUAUAAACAAAUCAGGCCGACACAUGAAAAAAGGCGAGUGCAAAUUUACGCAGAAGUUGAAGAUGGCAGCUAUAAGCCAGUCUCAUCAUUGGUGCAGCCGUUUAAAACCAACCGGCUUAUUGAUUCACCGUUGCAUGCAGCCAGGUUUGUAAGCUUAAUUCCUUUUGAAAGAGAAGAAGCUCCAGGAGGAACAAGAAAUGAAAAAUGGAAUAGUAUGCAUACGUUUCUUGUUAAAGGCUAUGGAGACUGUGAAGAUCAUGCUGUAUUAUUAGCAGGACUUCUUCUUGGGUUCGGAUUAGACGCUUAUGUUUGUAUCGGAUGCAGUGGAGAGGGUCCACAUGCGUGGGUUAUCACAUUAGGUGAUCGAGUCUAACUAACUAACUAAUUAAUUAUAACGUUUAACGUCCACUACGGGUAGACUAUCCCAGGCCCGCCACUCGCCUUUCGCCGCACCGGGCCAAUAGGUUGCUGGGCCAACCCAUCUCGAUCACCAAGAUGCGCCUAGGGCAAAUGUCACCGGCUUCGACGGCUCAUGAGUGAGCUACUUGCUUCUGUACAUGGGUUGCCUUUCCGAAAAUCCAAAAAAUGGAUUUUCUGGUCGGCUCUCGGCAAAAAGGAAAAACAUGCAGCCUGGGACAUAACGCCCAGUUUCACGCUAGGGAGUUGCCCGAUUGGUCCUUAGGACUCGGCUGGGCUUCCCCUUUCCAACUGACAUGCCUUCCUUUCCCCACGAGGAAAAAAAACCAAACCCUGAAAAUAGACUUGGGCUAGGCUCUGAACACAACCAGAAUUGCUUGCCUAGCAUUGCUGUCCCUUUCUGAGCUGGCAAAACCUUGCCGGAUAUAAUUAAAUAUGAGUCGAGGCUGCAUGGCCGGAGGCCAUGCCCAGACGAAGACGCCAUAUUAAUUAUUAGGUGAUCGAGUCACUUUUUGGGAAAGUUUAACAGGGCAACGCUUUUAUAGCGAUGAUCCAAGGAUCCAUAGAUAUUACAGGAAAAUUGGCUGUGCUUUUAACCACAAAUCAUUUUAUGCGAAUAUACAAGUUGAUGAUAUCGUUGCUAACACAAACUGGGACUUACAAAAUGAGUCUCUAUGGAAAGCAAUGGCACCAGAUAUCCUGCAAUCUUUAAUUGGCUCAGCUAAAUAUUUGCCUUUGCUAUCACCAAUUCCUAAUCCUCAGGAAGAAGAAAUAAAAAUUGAAAAUGAACUGAGAGGAAUGAUAGUUGCCUACAGGGAAAGAAUGGAUUUAUUGACACACUGGGACGAAGAUUUAAGCUAUUUGCUGCAGCCUGCACUUGUAAAUUAUGAGAUGGAUAGGAUAGGAUCAGUGACUUUUGGAAAUGAAGAAUUUCAGCAGAGUAUCAAAAGGCAUGUUCCUGAAGGGCAUACGUUCAAAGCCUUUCCAACUCAACUCCAGCAGAGACGAGUUAAUGAUAUAAUGGGGAGCAUCACAAAAGCAAGUGUAGCUCAAGAUAUUUUACAAACGAGGGGAGAUACAGUAAGGUUUGCAUUGAGAAUUAAGCUGGUGGCAUAUCCUGAAGAACGGUGCGCUGUUUGGGUUAUGCUAGCAGUUCGUUACCGUUCUGUUGUUUAA